AUGAUAUUAUCGAGACUAGGAAGGUUUAAAUCAAUAUUUAGUUCUUAUCAGAGACGGAGAAUAUCAAAUCUUUCUUCCCUUGUACAAAAUAAUGAAAUAUCGGACGAAUACAUUAACCUGAUUCCACAACCAGAGGAUGAGAUAGUAAUAGCGAUGAGUUCUGGGGUUGAUUCCUCCGUAACUGCAAGUAUUUAUGCUUCAAAGUUUCCAAAAGUGAGAGGUAUAUAUAUGGCAAACUGGUCACAGACAGCUAGAUGUACUGAAGAGGAUUGGAAUGAUGUUCAAAGAGUCUGCAAGCAGUUGAAGAUUCCAUGUGAAAGAGUUAAUUUUGAAAAGGAGUAUUGGGGUGAUGUCUUCCAGCCUAUGAUACAGCUGUACCGGAAAGGUUUGACACCUAAUCCAGAUGUUGGUUGCAAUAGGUAUGUUAAAUUUGGAAAAAUGAUCGAGCAUUUAACUAAGAAAUUUGACAAUAAUAGUAAUUGGUGGUUAGCUACUGGUCAUUAUGCGAGAGUAAUGAAGCAUGUUCCAACAGGAAACUUUCAACUACUCAGAAGCUUUUAUGCUCAGAAAGAUCAGUCCUUUUAUUUGUCCAGUGUUCCGAAAGAAGUAUUACCUAAAUUAUUGAUGCCUAUUGGCCAUUUAACUAAACCUGAAGUAAGAGAAAUUGCCGACUCUCUUCACCUAUACACAGCCAAAAAGCCAGACUCUCAAGGGCUCUGCUUUGUAUCUCAAGACGAGAACAAUUUCAAAGAGUUUUUGAAUAACUAUAUAGAGCCAAAUCCAGGAAAUAUUAUUACUGAAGACGGUAGGGUCUGGGGUACUCAUGAUGGAUUAUGGCAGGCGACGAUAGGACAAAAAGCUGGAAUCAGUAUGCCUCAGGGAGAUCCACUUUAUAUGGGAACGUGGUUUAUUAGCGAAAAGAGGAUACCGUCAAAUGAAUUAGUAAUCGUAAAAGGUAAUAAUAAUGAAAAAUUGUACAAGAGAGGUCUAGUAAUUGAAGACUGGAUUUGGCUAAUAAAUGAGUAUGAGCCAGCUUUAGAAGAAACGAACUUGACCAUUCAGUUUCGAUCUCUUCAAACCCCCAAUGCUGUUAAGUCAAUUCAAAUGAACGGAACUAACUUAAUCAUCGAACUUGAAGAAAUGGCCAGAGCAAUGGCUCCUGGCCAAAAUGUAGUUCUUUACAAGGGUACCCAAGUCCUUGGAUCCGGAAUAUUAAAAGAAACCUUCAAUUAA